AUGACUGGCUCUUGGAAUCCGACCCCGGAGGGAAACGGGGCUGGCAGGGGUCUCCCGAGACCCUCAGCUCCGGGGUCGGUCGGGGUGACGAUCAGUCCCCCCAGCCCUCGGGGAGCGGAGGUGAGUGGAGGUGUGUGUGUGGGGGGGGUCCCAGGCCGCGAGGACGGCGCCCCGGGGGGACCCGGGGAAGCUCUCUACCUGCGGUGCGCGCCCCGGCGCGGUCUCCAGGCUGCCCGGCUCGGCGGUGGCCACUCGGCCCCUGAGCCCGGCUCGGGCGGCCAGCGGCGAGGGCUCCACCCCCCCCUCCGCACCCCACCCCCGCCGGUCCCCGCCGGCCACGCCCGCCACGCGCCGCGGCACCCCCACCCCCGACCGGCCGCGCGCGGGCCACCCAUCCCGGUGCCGGCCGCUCGACGGGCAUCGCGACCCCCGUCCCCGCCCCUCGCCGCCCCACGGCCCCGGGCACUGGAGACAGCCGCGCCCCGCCCGGAUCCCGACACCCCGAGACUCCGGAGCAACCCUGAUGCGCCCCGGGGUGAGCGCGGGGCGCCAGGCCGGGCCGCCGUGGGUGGUGCCAGGACCCCAGAGCGCGCACCCCUUCCCCCGGGGGUCUCUCCUGCACGCAGCCCACCGCCUCUGUGUCCCCGCGCGGGCCCCGCCCAGGGCGGCCGCGAACCCGCCGCAGCCCGCGGGCCCGGGUCGGGGUCGGGGUCGGGGGCCCCGCGAGGAAGCGAGCCUUCCCCAGGGAGAAAGUCGAGGUCGGGGAUCCUGCGCCCCAGUAGCGUGGAGGGCAGCCGCAGUCCCUGGGUGUUGGCACCGGCCCAGGCUCCACAGACAACCAGGGAGGUUCCAGACUGGCACGAGCGCCAACCAGCGAGGCGACCUUAG